AUGUUUUUGAAAGGUGCAAAGGGGGAGCCUGGUGCCCCUGGAUAUCAAGGUCCUCCUGGUAGGCAAGGACACGAUGGAUCCCCUGGCCUCGUAGGAGACCCUGGGCCUCCGGGCUCUGGAAUUGUAGGAUCCCCUGGUCCAAAGGGAUAUCCUGGUCUACCAGGACCCAAAGGGUUUCUAGGACAUGCUGGACCACCAGGUUCUGGUAUUCCAGGCCCUCAUGGGCCAUCUGGGCUCCAAGGAGACCAGGGUAGUCCUGGCCCUCCUGGAAAUCCUGGGCGACCAGGCCCUUCAGGUGAAAUCGACAAUUGCUGUCAUGAAAUCCAACCUGGGCUACCUGGUCCCAAGGGUGAGCCUGGUCCGACAGGCAUUCCAGGAGUACCAGGAAGGGAUGGUUUUCCUGGAACACCGGGCUAUCUGGGGCCUAAAGGCAUAAAAGGAGAUGGAGGAAUUGGAGUGAUGGGACUGCCAGGACCCAAAGGGUACAGUGGAGAUCCAGGUGACCCUGGCCCCGGAGGAAUCAGCCUAGAUGGAUCCCCAGGUCUUCCUGGGAUACCAGGAUCCCCAGGGAAGAAAGGUGCUCCGGGAGGCGGCCGCAUUCCCAGACCCGGGGCUCCAGGACAACCCGGGUUUCCCGGUGCUCAGGGGAGCAAGGGAUACCGUGGCAUUCCUGGAAACCUUGGACUGCCAGGUUAA